AUGGCACAGGGUCGUCCGAUCAAGUGUGUUGUGGUCGGAGAUGGAACUGUUGGCAAGACCUGUAUGCUAAUAUCAUAUACUACAGACAGUUUUCCUGGUGAAUAUGUACCAACAGUCUUUGAUAACUACACAGCCAAUAUGAUGGUUGAUUUGAUACCUGUUAGUCUUGGCUUGUGGGAUACUGCUGGUCAAGAAGACUAUGACCGUCUACGACCACUUUCUUAUCCACAGACGGAUGUAUUUUUGAUAUGCUUCAGUGUUGUUAGCCCUUCAUCAUAUGAAAAUGUUUUAACUAAAUGGCACCCUGAAAUUAAACACCACUGUCCGGAUGCACCAAUUAUAUUGGUUGGUACUAAAAUAGAUUUACGAGAGAAUAAGGAGGCAAUUGGUGGAUUAGCUGCACAGGGAUUAUCGCCCAUCAAGCGAGAACAAGGCAUGAAGAUGGCUAACAAGGUGCGGGCUGUGAAAUACAUGGAGUGUUCUGCACUCACACAGAGGGGCCUGAAACAGGUAUUUGAGGAAGCAGUCCGAGCCGUUUUGCAGCCACAACCUCCCCGAAAAGCAAGAAACAAGUGUCAGCUUCUGUAA